ACCUGGGAAGAGUACUUGAUCAAAAAAUUAGAAUGUAUAAGUCAUCUUUUUAUCAGAUAAAUGAGAAAACGCACUUCUUAUCGAGCCUUCUGCAUUUCAAUUUACUUCUCUCUUAAAUGGUGUAGAAUUUAUGUACUCCACAAGGUGAAAAUUUGUCAGAACUUCCAGAUGAAAGAUAUUUUACUCCGCACACCUAUUCACCGCAUUACGACUUCCAUCACCAUGAUCACAAGUUCACAACCCGCCAUCGCCAUCAAAUUUUCCUUCUUACAGCCCUUGUCUCAUUUAACCAUUUGGGUCUUACUUUAAACAGCAAAAGGUCUCUCUGGCAAAGAAUAAGAGGCUAGAAGCAAGCUAUUAGCACAUGAAAGAGCUAUCCUAGCUUGGCAGCUCCCACUACAUCAACUUCCCAAACUACAUGCUAUUAACAGAUAAAAAUUAGAAGCUGGCCAUCUCACUCUUAAAUUAUUUGACGUUUUAGGGUUUCUUCCUAGGGUAGUUAAGUUCCCAUAUAUGACAAUUUAUCCAGAAAGGUGCGGUCAUCAAAUCAUGCUGAGCGAGAGAGAAUCCUAAGUAAGGCAGACAAGCUCUAGAUGCUUACAGAAUGAUGAAAUGAUCGUUCAUGUAGGCAGGGAUACGCCAUGAUGCUCUUUUAACUUACACUGCAAUGGGGAACUUGACCUUUUGAUUCUUUGGCCAUACCAAGUCUUGAAAAAGUGCCAUAAGGCCUCGUCGGACCCAAGACUAGGUGUGAACUUCAGAAGAUGUCAAGCAGUUGGCAUUAAAUGCUGGAGUAGCAUAUGAUUCUGAAGCUUGUUUAUUUGAGCUGCAUGCCGCAUGCGCAGUGCAUUCUCAAGGGUCGAAGGAAAAAUACAGGGAAGAAGAUGGCGACGAAGGGAUGCUGCCGUGAAGAAGGGCUCAAUAGGGGAGCUUGGACGAGCCACGAAGACAAGCUACUAUCAGACUAUAUCAUGGUCCAUGGCCCAGGGAGAUGGCGAAGUUUACCUGCUAAUGCAGGAUUGAAUAGGUGUGGUAAGAGUUGCAGGUUGCGAUGGUUGAAUUAUCUGAGACCAGAUAUCAAGAGGGGGAAUAUCACCAAGGAAGAAGAGGAAUUGAUCAUCAGGCUCCAUAAGCUACUUGGCAAUAGAUGGUCUUUGAUAGCAGGAAGAUUACCGGGGAGAACAGACAAUGAAAUAAAGAACUACUGGAAUACCUAUCUCAGGAAAAAAGUCUCAGGAAGCAGCUCUCAGCAACAGUUUUCAUCAAGAACUAGGAAAACACCAUUCCAAAAAUCAAAGUCAGGGAAGAAAGAGAGCAGCUCAGAAGUUCAUGUAAUCAGGACCAAGGCGGUACGAUGCACUAAAACCCUGUUGGCUGCUCAAGUUCCUGAACAUGCUAAGAAUAAUUCUCCAGAUGCUUUCAGGCCAAGCGCUACAUUUAAACAUGGUUAUCUUUCAGAUUCAAUUGGGAACAAUGUAGCUCCUCCUCCCUUGAAGCAAUAUGAGUGUGGAUCUCGCACUAUGGAAAUCAUGCAAAACUCACUUUUCUCUCAAGCUGCCAAGGGUCAUUUUUAUAUAAGUGACAAUAGCUUACACGAUUCUGGUAGUGUUGCUUCUGCCAACAAAGACAUUCACAUCGAAGGGAUCUACAGUAGUGAAAUAGAGGAGGGCGAUGGGCUACACCCUUUUUUUGAUAACGAUAUAUGGGACUCAUUACUUAUGCCCCCAGAGAUAUAGAUCUCCUAGUGUGUCAUGUUCACGAACAUAAAAUGAGCUAUGAGCAAUCAUCUGAAGAAUGCAUUUUGCUCCUUUGAUAAUCUACUUUCAGCUAGUUGUUGCUGCUAAUGAAUAGUUAGCAGCAACUUUUAAAUAAUUCAUGAGUAGCAAACAACAUUGUUAAACUCUAUCUUUCGACUUAUAUGUUUUUAUAUCGGUUCCA